CGGGGAAUCGGGGAUGGCAAGCGCGGGCGUCAGCUGCAGGGGGGAAAAGAAGAACAUGGAGAGGUGGAAGACGACCUGACAGGCGGGCCCGACUGUCAGAGAGAAGGGAGAGCAGAGCUCAGCAGUUGGUUAAUUGACGGUCCGAAUUAGAAGAUACACUUCCAGGAGCGUAUAGAUGUAUAAAAAAACUGUAUAUUAGUCAUUUAAUGUUUUUUAUUUCCUGAUUUCGUCCAAAACGUAAGUUUAAGAACUAACUUGCACAUGCUUCUCAAGUCAAGGGACUUUACUCUUUAUACUAGCAUAAAAAACAAUAUUCAACCGUAUGCCCCAAUUUCCUGAGUUGAUGGCCCCACAUGUAAGCCUUCCUCCCUCCCUCUCCCUGCUCUCUCCGUGGUCUCUCGCUUCCAUGGCCACCGCUUCCUCCUCCUCCCUCUCCUCCCAUCCCACCUUCCUCCUCCUCCCGGCCCCGGCGCGCCGCCUCUCCCCCAACUCCACGCCCACUCCCCUAGCCAAGCCCCAGAGAAGUACCCGGAAGCCUCCUCCCAUCUCCUGCACCGCCGCCACUUCCCCUUCCCCCGCCACCACCACCGCCGCCGCUGCGGCCAAGGGAGGUUCCUGGAGGGACCUAUGCAGCCUCAACGCCUGGGUGGUCCGCGACUACCACCGUCUCAUCGCCGCCGUCAGCGCGCUCGAGCCGCCGCUUCGGAGGCUUUCCGACGAACAGCUGAAGGGGAAGACGGAAGAGUUCCGCGCGCGCCUGGGCCGUGGGGAGACUCUCGCUGACGUCCAGGCUGAGGCGUUUUCUGUGGUGAGGGAGGCGGCGAGGAGGACGCUCGGCAUGCGGCACUUUGAUGUUCAGAUUAUUGGUGGUGCCGUGCUUCAUGAUGGGUGCAUCGCGGAGAUGAAGACUGGUGAAGGGAAAACACUCGUGUCGACUUUGGCAGCUUAUCUCAAUGCUCUGACAGGGGAUGGGGUUCAUGUGGUGACUGUAAAUGAUUAUUUGGCUCAGCGAGAUGCUGAAUGGAUGGGUCGUGUUCAUCGUUUUCUUGGUCUAACUGUCGGUCUCAUUCAGGCGGGUAUGAAGUCUGAUGAGAGGAGAGCCAACUACAGGUGUGAUAUUACAUACACCAACAACUCGGAGCUUGGAUUUGAUUAUCUUCGUGACAACCUAUCACGAAAGAAAGAACAGCUAGUUAUGAGAUGGCCAAGGCCCUUCCAUUUUGCUAUUGUGGAUGAAGUCGACUCGGUGCUUAUAGAUGAAGGAAGAAACCCAUUGUUAAUAAGUGGAGAGGAUAAUCGAGAAGCAGCACGGUAUCCAGUUGCUGCCAAAGUUGCAGACCUUCUCAUGGAGGGUGCUCAUUAUACUGUAGAGCUGAAGGGCAAUAAUAUAGAUCUAACAGAGGACGGAGUUUCUUAUGCAGAGAUGAUUCUUGGCACCAAUGAUCUGUGGGAUGAGAAUGAUCCAUGGGCAAGAUUUGUGAUGAACGCAUUGAAGGCUAAAGAGUUCUACCGCAGGGAUGUACAGUACAUUAUCAGGAAUGGAAAAGCUCUCAUAAUUAACGAGCUAACUGGCCGAGUCGAAUCGAAAAGAAGAUGGUCUGAUGGUAUUCAUCAAGCAAUAGAAGCGAAAGAAGGCCUCAAAAUACAGGCAGAUUCAGUAAUUGUGGCUCAAAUUACGUAUCAGUCUCUGUUUAAGCUUUACCCUAAGCUUUCUGGGAUGACAGGUACUGCUAAGACAGAGGAAAAGGAAUUUCUGAAGAUGUUUAAGAUGCCAGUUAUCGAGGUGCCCACGAAUCUGCCAAAUAUACGGGUGGACUUGCCUAUCCAAGCUUUUGCGACUCUAAGAGGUAAAUGGCAAUAUGUCCGGGAAGAGGUUGAGUCUAUGUUUCAAUUGGGUCGUCCUGUUUUAGUUGGAACUACAAGUGUUGAGAGUUCGGAAUACUUGUCAGAUCUUCUUAAAUGCCGUAAUAUUCCUCACAAUGUACUUAAUGCGAGGCCAAAGUAUGCUGCAAGAGAAGCUGAGAUAAUUGCACAAGCUGGAAGGAAACAUGCAAUUACAAUUUCAACAAACAUGGCUGGCAGAGGAACAGAUAUCAUUUUAGGUGGUAACCCUAAGAUGCUUGCAAAAGAGAUUUUAGAAGAUAAUAUACGUCCAUUUCUGACUCAUGACAUCCCAGAUGUUGAAACUGAAGGGGAGUCCACAUCCCACAAGGGUCUCUCCAAGAUAAAACUUGGGCCAUCAUCGCUAGCCCUGCUUACCAAAGCUGCAAUCAUGGCAAAAUAUGUUCAAAAAAGUGAAAGAAAUGAAUGGUCUUUUCAAAAGGCAAAAUCCACUAUUGCGGAGUCUAUUGAGAUGAGUAAUACGAUUGGGAUGGAGAAACUACAAGAGCGUGUGGCUGAAGUGACUGAGAUGUACCCUCUUUGUGAUGCAAUAGCACUUGCUUACAUCACUGUCUUAACGGAUUGUGAAAUUCAUUGUUUGACGGAAGGUGCUGAGGUGAAGGCAUUAGGUGGGCUUCAUGUAAUAGGAACUUCUUUGCAUGAAUCACGCCGAAUAGAUAACCAAUUACGUGGUAGGGCUGGGAGACAAGGUGAUCCUGGGUCCACACGGUUUAUGGUGAGCUUACAAGAUGAAAUGUUCCGGAAGUUUAAUUUGGACACUGAAUGGGCCGUGAGGCUUAUAUCAAGGAUAACAAAUGAUGAAGACAUAGCCAUCGAGAGCAAUGCUGUUGUAAAACAGCUUUUAGGCCUUCAAAUCAAUGCAGAGAAGUAUUAUUUCGGCAUAAGGAAAAGUCUUGUUGAGUUUGAUGAAGUCCUGGAGGUCCAAAGAAAACACGUCUAUAGUCUUAGACAGGUGAUAUUAUCAGGUGACUCUGAAAGCUGCAGUGAACAAAUUUUCCAGUACAUGCAAGCUGUAGUCGAUGAAGUUAUUUUGGGAAAUGUUGAUGCCCAGAAGCCACCUAAAACAUGGAAUUUGGCAAAGCUUUUGGAUGAGUUUAUCAGUCUAGGCGGGAAUUUUCUGACCGAAACAUUCAAGGAGAUACAAGAGGAAGACCUACAAUUAUCUGUUGAGCAAAUACUUGAAUAUGCCUCUUUAGAGACUGAUAAUUUUUCUCUCCCAAACAUGCCUGUACCACCUAAUGCAUUCAGAGGAAUCCGUAAGAAAAUAUCUUCAGUAAAGCGGUGGUUCGCCAUUUGUGUUGAUGAUUCAUCAAAGAAAGGGAGAUAUACAAACACUGUCAAUCUACUUCGGAAAUAUUUUGGGGAUUUUCUAAUAGCUACCUACCUUGAUGUGCUGCAAGAGUCUCGUUAUCAUGAUGCCUACAUUAGGGGAAUUGAGAGGGAAGUACUUCUGAAGACACUUGAUGCUCUGUGGAAGGACCAUUUGGUUAACAUGAACAAGCUUAGUUCUGCGGUGAAUGUUCGGAGCUUUGGGCAUAGAAAUCCUCUAGAGGAGUAUAAGAUUGAUGGCUGUCGGUUUUUCAUCUCAAUGCUGAAUACCACACGGCGACUGACAGUGGAAUCUCUACUCCAUUACUGGUCAUCUCCAAUGGAAUCUGAAGAGAUUUUCAACACUGCGGACGGAUAACUGAAAAACAUCAAUAUUAUGAAAAUUAUCUUCCUGAAGAGACUACUACUCAUUCAUGGCUGUUCAUCAGAUGCAAUAACCUAUUACUCGAACUUGUCUUCAGUCAAGAUCAGCAUCUUUAUUCCUCAUCAACAGAGAAGUUUCUAACACAAGCUUGUCUCAUAUGGCAGCCACCCACAUUAGGCUUUCACAUGGGGGCCUUCCCUAACUGUCUUGGACUGUCUUAGAUAAGAUAGACACCACCAUUCUUUAGUACUCCACAGUAGAUUACUCCAGGGAUAUGAGUUUUGACACCUCUCAGCUGAUUAUACAUGUCGUUUGCACAAUAGUGUUGCCUGUACCACACCAUGUAAUUUUUUUGACCUAUGCUCACAUCUCAAUGCAAAUCCAGGAUCCGAGGAUUGGAUCCAGCUGAUUAUACAUGAAGUUUGCACAAUAUUGUUGCGUGAAACAAUUUCUUGAACCACUGCUUGAUUGCCUGUUAGAACUUUGAAGCAAAAUACUUCGCGA